AACGACUCUCCCGUCCUUCCUUCACUUCAUCCACUUCUCAAAGCCACAGCUCCCAUCUCACUCAUUCCAUCAUGGUAGCCAUCAAGAAUGCCCUCAGACUCGCCUUGCUUUCGCUGGCGCUUUCGGCCAAAGCACGCAAGUGGACCUUUCGCAUCAACGUGAAGCGAUGGGACAACCUCGAUUGCGAAGGGUACAAGACUCUCGAGAACCCCAAAGCUCUCGGAACGAAGAUCAAGGAUGGAGAUGGAUGCCAAUCGUGGCCGAAAGGAAAAUCGUUCUACUCGUUCACGUGGCAGUGGAUGAAGUACGUGACCGGGGAGAAGUUCCGGGAAGACAUAUCGUGUGCGCUGCUGGUGUACGAGCUGGAUGACUGCGGUGGGCAUCUGGUCUGGUGGAAGGACGAUGCCAACACUUGGGAAGAUCUUGGUGAUUGCUUUGCGAUGCAUGGGAUGCCUGGUAGGAGCAUGAAGUUGACAUGCAGGAAGAAGGGCGUCGAGCCAGAUUGGAUGGAUAAAACUCACUGGACUUCUCCAAUGGUGUACAAUGAGACUGUGGUGCUUCCUGUGCCGGAAUGAAGCUGCCAAUUGAU